AUGGAAGAAGAGGCAGUAAUGCCCAACUCUAUUGUCAAUUCCCUCCGAACCAGACAUCCUGAGUACAAACGUGAAGCCGUAAGAAGAGAUACUUAUUCAACGUGGUCGGUAAUAUUUAUGAACCCGGACCACCUUGCAGCCGCAGGAUUUUUUUACACUGGUUUUAAAGAUAGCGUCAAAUGUUUCGAGUGUGGAAUAGAUAUUUCUAGAUGGAUAGAAGGAGAUGACGCAAUGACAGAUCAUCGAAGAUGGUCACCAAUCUGCCGAUUUGCCAAAGGAGAACCAUGCGGUAAUGUACCAAUAGAUGAAGACCACAUUUAUGUGGCAGUUCAAAGUAAGCGGAUCAUCAUUGAUUAUUCUUACUAUCGACGCUCAACAUUAAAAGAACUAGACCCAACAACUCCACAGGGAGCAAUACAAUGUUUUGGUUAUCAUUGUUCACCCCAGCAUAAAGAUUACAUCACCGAAAAAAUUCGCCAACGAACUUUUACAAAUUGGCUUGGUCCGCCAACGCUAACUCCAGAAAAAAUGGCCGAAGCAGGAUUUUUCUAUGUUAGGGAAAGUGAUAAAACCAAAUGCUAUCAUUGUGGUGGUGGACUCAGUAAUUGGAUACCCGAAGAUGACCCAUGGAUUGAGCACGCACACUGGUUUCCUAAGUGUUACUACGUCUGGUCUGUUCGAGGACCGGAGUUCAUUGAGCUUGCAGCUAAUAAAAUCACCAGACUUGCGGAGGAGGGGGAACCAUUCGAAGUACCAAUUCCCAAGGAAAACACAGAAACGAUCGAAAACUUCCAAGAACGAGAAACAGAGUCCGGCUCGGUAGACAAUGAUAUCCCUAAAUGUAGAAUAUGCUGUGUAGCAGAAUUGUCUAUAGUUAUGUUGCCUUGUAAGCAUAUGUCCAGUUGUAAUAAAUGCGGGCCCAACUUGUCCCUCUGUCCAAUUUGCCGGACGCCCAUUCGCGCAACGGUCCGUGCGCGCAUCGCAUAA